GCAAAACUGUGAGACGAAAGUGACGAAACAUUUAUAUUUAUUUGUAACUGAUCUUGUUUUACGCUGUCGGUUCAUUUUCAUAUCACAUAUUUCCGUUUUGUACUACAUAUCAUUUAAUCUUCGUGUGUACCUGUUCAGCAGGUUAUUACAGCGAUCGACAGUUUGAUUGCAUCAAAAUAACGCCGUAAUAAUAUUCAGUUAGAUAAAAUAAUGCCGCUGGAUUAUAAUGCAGUCAAGAACCAGUUUAAGCAGACGUGGCUGACUACUCUCUUGAGUCUCGUUCUUUUUGCAGGUGUAACAUACUUUCUGUUAUGGGCAGAGAGCCAUACUAUCCAAAGCAGUUUGAUGCUGGAGGAGCUAGUGUCGUCAGCAGUAAGCAUUGAUGUGCACACUGCCAAUGAUGCAGCACGGUAUGAAGGUAGAGUUGUGCAUGUCGUUGGGCCUCUGCGGGUGUUGGAGCCCAUAUCCGAGCCUGACUACAACAUCCAAGUCCAGGCUGUAAAGCUAAGGAAAAGGGUCCAGAUGUAUCAAUGGAUUGAAGAAGCCACGGAACAAGAUAAUUUUCUCAGCGAACCAGCAGAGGAGUCACAGAAAACCUACUGGUAUCACAAAGACUGGAGAGACUAUGUGGUUGACUCCAACCUGUUCUACAUAAGGCCUGGUCAUCACAAUCCAACUUCUAUGCCGCUGUUCAGUGAGACACAUAUUGCUGAAAGUGUUAAAAUUGGCUGGUUAUCCUUAGGUGUAGAUGUAAAGAGAAAAGUGAAUGAUUACUACGAGAUCUGGUCAGACUCGCGGCCCGACCGCGCUGAUAUAAAGCUGCACUCUGGCUUCUACUACCACGGCGAGAGCGCGCUCCACCACGAGGUCGGCGACCUGCGCGUGCACUUCUCCUACGCCGGCCGGGAGGACGACAUCUAUACAGCCGUCGGGAUAGUGGAGAAUGGUGUGCUGCAGUCGUACAGCCCGGCGGGGUUCCCCGCCGCCGACCCCAUCUCGGUGCUCCGCAAGGGUUCGUUCAGCCUAAAGCAGCUGCACGAGCUGGAGAGCCGCGCCGCCAACGCCAACACCUGGAAAUACCGCGUGCUCGGCUUCGUGCAGGUGUUCGCCUCCGCCAUGACGCUGCACCCGGACUGGGUCACUCUGUUCUUGCAGUGGGCGUGGAUAUCGAGCAGCCUACGCCGCUGCACCAGGGUGUGGGUCAACCUGGUGCUGUCCUUCUCGUACACGCUGCUCGUCACUUCAAUCCCAUGGUUAGUGCAUAAACCUUCUUUUGGGGCUAUAAUGCUUGGUGGAGCCAUGCUUCCGAUACUACACUACUCUACUUUGCUUAACCGCCGCCCGUAAGGUCUAGCAAAGCUGAGUGAAGAAAAGCAAAUUGGUACAUGGAAUUGCCAUGUUUCAGUAACUUUACAGGUUGCUUAAGGUCAGUGGGCCACAAGGCAGCUGGAUAGUUGAAUUAAAUGUUGAAACAUAUUAAAUUUGUUAAGCCCGAGCCAUAUCCUCCUAAGGCCCAGCCAUACAAAUGUAAAACCCAAAAUAUGCCACUAAAAUUCGAACCUACAGUGUAGGAAAUAGAGUUGAUUUUGCAUUGUUGGAAAAUGGAACGGAACAAAGCAAAAGUGACUCUGGUCCAAUUGGAUAGGAUUUAAAUUUCAUCGAACUGGAGCGGUACUAUAGGUAGGACCUUGGGCCUCAGGACGAUAUAGCCAAAAUGUUUCACCUCAGCACGUAGUCGAAAUGUGUUGUUGAUAGCAAUAGGCUUAUGACACAGUUAUUCUUUAAAAUGCCGAUUUGUUAGAUUUGUUGCGAAAUAUAAAAUAUUGAGCGUGGGCCUCAGCGCGGGCCAGAGUGCUAAUUCAAUUCCGAACUGUUGCUCGUAAAAUUGACAGUUAAAUCACGUGUAAGCAACAUAAAGUUACUUAUUAUACUCUAGAGCAUAAAGUUAAAUCAUGUAUUACGACCCUUAAUUACUUAGCAAUAAAGUCCAAAUUCUGCCAUACAAACUGCCAUCCCUGGUGGCA